AUGGCUCCAGAGCCGAUACCCAACACCGAACGCAUGGCGCAUCCAUCUCCCCAAGCAUCAAGCCUAAAAGGAGCAACUCCAGCUAGGCGGCGAUUGAAGAAUCUGAGAAGAACACGCAAGAGAAGCACUCUGUACUGCAAACUGGACCAGGAUCGACAUGAGUUCCGCCUUCUUACCAUCCAUCCCCGAAACACACAACCCUUCUCGCCGCAUCCCGAGGGCAGCGGAAUCUCAGCAUCCUUGACUACACAGUCUCUCGACGACCCUGCCGAGUAUUUCGCUCUUUCCUACGUGUGGGAAUCGGAUCAGUAUCACCCACGGUCGUAUGGUGACGGCACGCGUCGCGCAGGCCACCUUCUUGUAGAUUCCGUCCGCCUUGAAGUGAGUCGGAAUCUUUGGUUUGCCAUCGAGCAAAUCCGCCAGGAUGAAAAUACGGUUCGAAUAUGGGUCGAUGCAGUGUGCAUCAAUCAGACAGAUCUGGACGAGAAGGCAUGGCAAAUCAGUCUCAUGUCGCGCAUUUAUCAGCAAGCAUCCCAGACUUUGAUUUGGCUGGGAGAGGGGUCGUCGUUAACCCAACUAGCUAUGGACUUCCUUGGCGACUUGACUCGUAAAAAGUUUCAUGAGGAGGUGAAGGCGUUAGAGGAAUACUGCCAGAAACACUUUACGGCAACUCCUCAUAUUCUGCCCCCCUCGAUCGAUGAUUGGAGCUUUUGCAGGGUCUGGACCGAUAAGGAUUCGCGGCUGGCCAAAUGGGAUCAUCUGAGCAGUAUUCUCAGCCUGCCUUGGUGGGGGCGGCGAUGGGUCAUACAGGAGGCAUUCUUCUCCAAAAAACCUGUGGUGAUUCUUGGGAAGGCAUCCGUUCCCAUGGACAAGUUCGCGGAGCUAGCUACCUGGCAUGCCCAAUAUCUCUCGGUAACGAGAGAUGUGCAAGUUCUUGUCAAGGAGCUCUUCCGCAAAUGCCCAUUCUACUAUUUACUGAGGCAGUGGAAGACGUAUCGACGUGAUAUCUCGAUCCACAGGGCUCCUCUUCCAGUUUGGUUGACACUCUCUCGGGAUUUUAACCAGAGCAUUCUGCGGGAUUUCAUCUUCGGUGUUCUAUCGCUAGCUUCCGCUCGCGAUCAGCUCAAUAUCCAGGCUGACUACUGGGGCUCUGAUCAUAUGGUCUUCAUCCGCUUGUUUAUUCACCUGAUUGAGAUCUACGGCUUCAGAACGUUCCGGUUCAAUCUACCGUCCUUCGAGUCACUUGGAGGGUUGACUCUCCCAUCUUGGUGCAGCGGUGAUAAAUACGGGGGGUUUCAAAAUGCGCUGAGCUCGUCGCGGUCGGUAUCACAAAAUAGUGAGCACUUUGAGGUCUGCGGAAACACCAAACAAUCCAUUCGAUUUAUCUAUGAGCGCACCGGUGAUGAGGUCCUGUUUACCCGGCCAGGGUCACCCAAGUCUACUCUAUCCAGCGAUAUCCUAAUGGCAGCAAAAGGAUUCCAAUUCGACGAGGUCAUCAUUGUUGUACCAACAGGUCUAUCUCCCAAGGGCGGUAUCAACGGCAUACGUUUCAAUUCCCUUGAAGAACAACUCCAAGAUGCAGUCAGAAGUUGGCAGCGGCGCCUUCGGGGCAUCCAGGUUGAUCCAUACCGAGAUACGUGUGGUCGGCUCGAAGCAAUGUUCAUGGCCCUUCUUGGAGGGCGGCUUGGAACCCUCACAAAGGCCGACUGCCAUGCUCAAUUUUUACAAUGGAUCGAACCGAGGGCUAGUUUCUCGACACGCGAUGGGAAGAGAAGCAAUUCUUUAGCCACAAGGCCAGACCGUGGCUUAUUCUAUGCGGGCAUCCGGCCACGCUGUUUCAAUCGCUCAUUGCUUAUUACAGCGAAAGGAUAUGUAGGGCUUGGGCCACUCGACGUCGAGGAAGGGGACAUCAUCUCGAUUUUUCACGGCGUCACCGUUCCAUUAGUGUUGCGCAAGCAGACCAAGGCCGAGUAUCAUUCAUUUAUAGGAGAGACAUAUGUUCACGGCAUAAUGCAUGGAGAAGAAGUAGCGGAACAUUGCCGGGAGGAGACGGAAUUUAUUAUGAUAUAA